AUGUUUUUAAUAGUUAUUCUUAUUUUUGUCAAACUAUUUUCUCACCUUUCCGCAAGUGAUGAUGAAGAGCGUUUAAUGAUGGAUGUUUUUCGCGGAUAUAAUUCCUUAAUUUUGCCAAUGCGUAAUGAUAGCCAGCCAAUAAUUGUUAAAAUGACAUUACAACUAAUUCUUUUAAUUAACGUGGACGAGAAGGAUCAGAUAAUGCAUACAAAUGUUUGGCUAACUUUAAAGUGGAAGGAUUACCAAAUGAAGUGGAGUCCAGUAAAUUAUGGAGGGAUAAAGGAUAUACGCGUCCCUCCAGACAAAGUUUGGUUGCCUGACAUUGUACCCCCAGCAAUUUAUAAAAGUUCGUGCAUUAUUGUUUGUCAUUUAAUAUUUGGUUCGUGGACGUAUAACGAGAAUGAAAUUAAAAUGGAAUUUGAACAGGCUGAAUUAAUGGAUUUGAGUGAAUAUGCCAAAAGUGUUAGUUCAAUUUGGGAUGUUAUUGGUUUUUCCCGCAUUAAAUUCCAGCUUAGAAUUCGUCGAAAAACUUUGUUUUAUACCGUUGUUUUAAUAAUUCCAACAGUUUUAAUGGCUUUUCUAUCAAUGGCUGUUUUCCUUUUACCAACAGAUUCUGGUGAAAAAAUGACUUUAACAAUUUCUGUUUUGUUAUCUAUCGUUGUAUUUCUCUUGUUGGUUUCUAAAAUUAUGCCUCCAACUUCCUCUACCAUUCCCCUUGUUGCCAAGUAUUUAUUGUUGACUUUUACAUUAAACAUCACAACAAUAACAGUUACUGUUAUAAUUAUUAACGUUUAUCAUCGAGGACCAACAACACACAGAAUGCCUGGCUGGGCUCGUCAUGUAUUUUUAGUGCUAAUGCCUCGUCUACUGUGCAUGAAGCGCCCAAAAGCAACAAUUAAUAGUUUAACAAAAAGAAUAAGCAACAAAAGUAUAACAACCAUUCCCGGUAUUGGAAAAUUUGAUGAAACAAUUUCUCAAAAAAUACAUCACCAACAUUGCCCCGAAGGGAGAAUUAAAGGAGCUAUACAUGAACCAGAAGAGACGGGGGACCCAAUAAUUAAAAAUGGAUUUCCUUUGAGUUUAGAGGCUGCUAAAGCAGUGGAGGCUGUUGAAUACAUUACCGAACAUUUACGAAGAGAAGAGGACCAUAAAAUUCAUCGAGAUGAUUGGAGAUUUGUUGCGAUGGUAAUUGACCGUUUCCUCUUAUACAUUUUUUUUGGAGUUACUUUGGGUGGAACUAUAGGUGUUUUAUUUUCUGCACCAACAGUUUUUGAAUCGGUAGACCAACAAGCUAUUCUUCAAAGAUUAAUACAUGCUUAUGAAAGUGGAAGACAACUUUAA